GGCCAGCAGUCAGCACCUGCGGUCGCCAGAAGCUCUCCAGCAUGGCCCGCGCCUGGACCCUGCUCGCCGUAGCCGCCGCGGUCGCCUGCGCCGCCCGCGCCGCACACCUGCCUGCUGACUGGAAGAGGUGUAGUCAAAAUGACCCAAAGUUUGAUGAGUGCUUAGUGGAAGCUAUCCAGGACACACUUCCAAAGCUGAAGAAUGGUGUGCGUGAGCUGGAUAUGCUGCCACUGGAUCCUUUGGAGAUUACAGCACUUGAAAUAGAUAAGGGAGAUGGUCCUGUUGGAAUUGGGCUAAAGUUUAAGAACAUGAAGAUUUAUGGCAUUUCUGACUCUAUAAUCACCAAACACAACUCUGAUCCAUCAAGAUAUAAUCUUGAAGGUGAUACUAUUACACCAAAACUCACAAUAGAGGCUGACUAUGAAGCUGAUGGAAAAGUUCUGCUGCUCCCUGUGAAAGGCAAAGGAAAAUCAAAAAUUAUAAUGACGGAUUUGAAAUCCCAUCUCAUCCAUAAAGCUGUUCCAGCAGAGAAAGGAGGAAAAAUUUACAGAAAUGAAACUGAAUUCAUAUACACUAUGGAACCAGCACAUAUGGAGAUGAAUUUUGAGAACCUUCUGAAUGCAGGAAAAACUAUAGACGAGAACAUGAAUAAAUUCCUAAAUGAAAACUGGAAGGAAAUUUUUGCUGAAUUAAAGCCUACCCUAGAAACUGCCCUCAGUCGUAUAUUCCUGAAUAUUUCAAGAGGAGUAUUUCUGAAAGUACCAUUUGAUGAAAUGUUCCCUAAAAAGUGAAAAGUCAGAAGGUUUUGAAGACAUGUACAGAUGUUCUAUACCAGCAUUAGAAAGAGGCAAUAAAUAUCUCUUAAUAAAAAAAAAAAAAAAAAUUGAGGAAGUGAAUUACAUUCUACCUUUAGCAACACAACAUGAAUCUCAUGUUCUAUGACUGAACACUACAAAAUUUCACUACAUUAACCUCCCAGAAAUUUAAUUUUUUAUAUAAAUUUUGUAUAAAAUAAAUUAUUACUUAUACUGAAAACUGAAGCUGUGUUUAAAUUGUAAGAAGAAUUAAUAAUUUGCUGGAAAAUAUAUUGUUUCUGGCAGGAA